AUGAUAAACGAAUCCCAAGAUGCAAAUCUGUUUCAGGAACCAUGUCCAGAAGGAACUUAUACUGAUAUAUUGGGAACACCAGAUUUAGCCAGCUGUAAAUCAUGUCCACCAACCAAAUAUUGUCCUCAAGCUACAGAUAUUCCAAUUGAUUGUCCCCUCGGAUACUACUGUCCACCCGGAACAGCCGCUUUGAAUCAAUAUCCAUGUCCAGCUGGAACCUACUCCAACCAAACUACCAGGACAAACAUUAACGACUGUCUAUCAUGUCCAGGUGGUUACUGUCCUGAAGGAAGCUCGGUACCCUUAUUAUGUCAAGCUGGAUACUAUUUAAACAGUACUGGAAAUAGUGAUGUUUCUCACUGUAUUACAUGUACAUCUGGAAUGUAUUGUGCUGGUAGUGGAAACACUAUACCGGAUGGACCCUAUACACCACAGCCAGUAGAAUACAACUGUACAUUAGGACAUUAUUGUCCUUCUGGAAGUACUUCACCAAUACGAUGUAAUAGCGGAAGCUACCAAGAUGAAAUAGGACAGUGGACUUGUAAAGCCUGUCCAGCUGGUUACUAUUGUGACAACACGAUGAGUCCUGUUGUGUUGUACAAUGACUCUUCUUGUCCAACUGGAUUCUACUGCCCAGAGAAUACCACAAGAAAUGGUGUGACCGGGAAUAUUUGUCCCCCGGGUUAUUACUGUGAAAGUGGAUCGCCUUAUCCAACUCCAUGUCAACCAGGAACAUACAGUCCAAGUGAAGGAAAUACAGCUGUGUCUGACUGCUUGCCAUGUUCAUUCGGUGAAUAUUGUGGAAGCUAUAAUCUCACACAGUCCACAGGUAAGUUGAACUCAAAUGUCAAAUCAUAUCAACAUAUCUAUAGCUGCAACUUUUUGUCAUGUCACCAUGCUGAAUGA